AUGUCAGUCACGAUCCUGAUUCUUGGCCGAGAACCGACCAGACACUACAACAUAAUUGACAACUCAAAAGACCCAACCAGAUCUGCCGUCUCGGGCCUUCAGCAUACAGGCACAGAUACAUCAAUACGUUCCCAAACUACCGACCCGGAGCAAUCUGAUUCGGCUGCACCCACCCGCGAGAUUCCUGGUGCUAGGAUUCACGCCAGGCGAUCCGAUACGAUACCAGCCAUCAUUGACACCAUUCCCAGCCAGGCCACCAGAACCUUUCACCUUCCGUGCCCCUCCGCCUCCGGUCAUGUGUAUCUGAGACUGCAACCACGGCCCCGUUUUAAACCAGGGCGUUCGGCUGCUCGAUGCUGCAGUUCGUCGAGACAGAUCAGGGAGAUGAUGGCGAGGUGGCCUGCGCUCUGCAGCGAGAUCGGGGAGAUGACGAUUUCGCCAUCUAACGAUACCAUCGCGGAUCUUGAAUUCGAGGGGCAACGAACGCCCGGCUCCGAGUCUCCGUCCCACAGCAAUGAGCUGUUCUCCGGCUGCCGGGCCUCUCCCUGGAGCCACCGCCAGCAUGACUGGUCGCAAUGGCUUGGUGGUGGCAUCUGA